UCUGCAUUUUUACAAAUAGUUACAAAAUCUCUCGAAUUUUUAUAUAUUGUGCACAAGAAUUAAUAACGAAGUUUGAUAUAUGAUAGGGUCGCAUUAUUCGUUAUUUGCAUUAUUUAUUAUUUUACAUUAUUUAUUAUUUAUAUUAUUGAUUAUUAUUUAUUAUUCGCGUUAUUUAUUAUUCUCAUUAUUCUUUAUUCGCAUUAUUUUUUAUUUUCAUUAUUUUUAUUUGUAUUAUUUUUUAUUAGCAUUAUUCUUUUUUUAUCAUUAUCUGCAUCUUAAUUUCUUUUUACUCAUAAGCUCAUAGCUUUACAAAAAUGUAUUUCUUGAAAAUCGUAAUGUACUGAUAAAUAUUUAGGACCCCACAAUGUUAAUCCACGUUUUCCGACAAUUUGUUUUUACUAUAAUAUACGUGACUGCAAUUGGCUGCGUGAUCAAUAAUGAGAAGCUCGAGAGCAUUUUUCUACGUAUUUAUAUCGGAACGACUAUGAAUGAAUAUAUCGACUAUCCGCUGGAAAAUGCCAGUGCGAUAACAUCUCAAAUAAACAACAAUAAGCCGACGGUAUUAUAUAUUCACGGAUUUACGGAAAAUCUAAAGAAAACAAGUGUACGAACAGUGGUAGAAGCUUAUUUGGAAAGAAAUGAUCACAAUAUUAUUGGAUUGGAUUAUCGUGAUAUAGCAAGUGACAACUAUGUAAAAGUGGCAGAAAAUAUCCCUCAUGUUGGAGAUGUUGUCGCAUCGACUCUCGAGGAGAUGGUCAAAUCGGGCUUUGAUAUGGAAAAGUUCCAUAUCGUUGGACAUUCUAUGGGCGGGCAAGUCGCCGGAUACAUCGGCAGAAAAAUCAAAUAUCAAAUUCCUAGAAUUACAGGACUGGAUCCUGCCGGUCCUCUUUACCAUCUUGGCAACCAUAGUCUUUCAUCCUCUGAUGCCCGUUUCGUUGAUAUCAUACAUACAGAUCAAGGAUUUUAUGGUGUUGCCAAAGACACUGCAGGCACAGUGGAUUUUUUCCCAAACGGUGGUUCACGCGUUCAACCCGGCUGUCCGCGUUUGAAAUUACCAGUGAUCGACGAUAAAGACUUUUGUAGUCAUCAUCGUUCCUGGAGGUUCUAUGCCGAGUCUGUGAUCAAUGAAUCUGCCUUUUUGGGCGUACAAUGUUCCACGUUAUCUGAUUUUAAAUACGAUAAAUGCAGUAAUAACACUCGCAUCGUCAUGGGAUAUGCCACUCCGACUAGCGCGCGAGGAACCGUUUAUCUUGUGACGGCCGCUCAAAGUCCUUUUGGAUUAAAGAAGAAAGGAACUGAUUGUUCUACGUUAACUUUCGCCGAAUGUAUUGCUCUACUUUAACAAUUGUAAUAUAUAAAAGAUAUCUUGAAAUUUCUAGAUAAAAAAACAGCAAAUUCUUUGAUUAAUAUAAAAGAGAAAUACUUACAGAUAAAGUUCAACCGUCUCUAUAACGCA